UGGCAUGGCAUGCGAUCUGCGAUGAUAGAUCAUCAUUCUUUUUGUGUUGUGGUGUAGAUCGUGUAAACGAAAUUUGCUAUGGACUAGGCUACGGCAAAAAAUAAAAUUUGGAAUUUCUGUCAUUAUUCUGUGAGCUAUCUAUUGUGUAUGAUAAUAAUUAUCAUCUUUAUAUCUAUCUCAGAGUUUAAGAAACAACUUGCUAGUAUCGUUAACCAUUCUCUAUAUAAUUCAAACAAAAAUUGUCAAUGUUUUGAAAUUGAAAUUCAUUUGUAAAAAAAUGAGAAUUAUCAAUUCAAUGGAGUGUCAUAAGUUUUGCCAAUAGGCUAAUAAGGAAUCUAGGUUGUGAUAAUCUCAGUUGCUCCGUUGUUCGUCCACGAUGACUUUGUCUCACCAGCUUCAAGCCAUCUGGUGGAGAAAUUUUAUUUUGAAGAAAAGAGGAUGGUUUACUUCCAUCUGCGAUCUUUCUAUUCCCUUGAUCAGUCUUUGCCUAUUAUUCUAUUUAUAUUUCAAGGGUGUCAUAGGCAAAGAGCCCGGUGUAGUUCCGGAAAUUGUAUUCCCUAGAGAGGUAUUUCAUGAAGACUGUCUUCACUAUCAAGGAUAUUCUAACGUUAAUCUGCUAUACACCAAUCAAAAUGAUCCAAAAGUCAAGGGAAUCAUGGAAUACAUCAACAGAACUAAUUCUAUCGAUGGUCUUUUCGCUUAUUUCAAAUCAAUUGGAUUCGACAGUGAACAUGAUAUGGAAAAUUGGGUACUUGCAAAUGUAAAUGAAAGCGACUAUAGACAAAUAGCGUAUGGAAUUGUAUUCAACAAAGUGGAUGAAAAGGAAUUUUCAUAUAAAUUGAGAUCUUCUUUACCGGACGAUUAUCCUAGUUUCAGAUCAGAGGAUGCAGGUCCAGAUUUCUACACCGAAAAAUGUUUCCUGGAUUUGCAGAAAGGUCUUAGUGAAGGAUUCUUAAAAGUUCAAGGAAAAACAAUUCCUAAUAAUAUUGACUUAGGCAUUCAAAGGUUCCCGGUUCCUCAAUAUUUGAAACCAGGUGCACUGUGGGAAUUGCUGGAAACAGUGUUGACGUACAUAAUGUUCAUGUCAUUUAUGAUCACUACAAAUCUCCCAGUCCCAAAAAUUGUUUCAGAAAAAGAAACUGGAGCCAAGGAGCUGAUGCGACUGAUGGGGAUACGGCGUGAGGUCCUGUGGGGAGGCUGGCUGAUGAACAUGCUCACGUUCGGCCUGGUCAAUGUCACCUACACCAGCGUUCUACUCAAAGUGCAGAUCAAAGAAGACUUCUCUGCUCUCCUCCCAAAGACAAACAUCAUUCUUCUCUGGAUUGUUCUUGUGCUAUUCCUUGUAACAAUGAGCUUGUAUGCUUUGUUCUUCUGCUGUUUGUUCAAGAAACCUCUAUUGGCGAAUUUUGUCGUAACGCUGGCACAUUUGUGUCCGUUCUAUGCCUUGGCUGGGCCAAAGUUAUUGGAUGACAAAGGAAAGUUGUUGAAUAUCUUGGCAUGUAUAGUGUUUCCACAAUUCAACUGGAGUAGAACUGCAAAUCUGAUUGUUAGCUUCGAAAAACAAUAUGAUGGUAUAAGCUUUUUCAAUCUUUUCAAAGAGUGUGAUCAGGCUGCGGCCAGAAUUGAAAUGAUUUGGCUCUUACUGAGUUACUUGCUGAGUUGUGUCUUGUACUCCAUCUUGAUUUGGUAUUUCGAUAGUAUAAUGCCCGGCGAGUAUGGUAUUGCCAGACCUCUCUACUUCCCAUUCCAGAUGUGCUCUCGAAAGAAGAAUAAUGUUAUAAAGGAAGAUACGGAUUUGAACGAGACUUUCUUUGAGAAAACGGGUCCCAACACCAAAGUGGGCUUGUCAGUGCGUAAUUUGAUGAAGGUGUUCAAGGGCGAUGUGUACGCUGUGAAUGGAGUCAACUUGGAUGUCUAUGACGGACAAAUUAUGGCUCUGCUGGGUCAUAAUGGCGCUGGAAAAACUACAACCAUGUCAAUGAUCACAGGUAUGUAUUCUCCAAGCUCUGGAAAAAUCAUCGCAUCUGAUAAUGGUUCGACUUAUAAUAUUUUCGAUAAUAUGGAUAAGUUCAGGAAAAGUCUUGGAUUGUGUCCUCAACAUAAUUUAGUAAUCCCCUACUUGACAGUUUUGGAGCAUUUAACCUUCUUUGGCAUGUUGAAGGGAUUGGAUAAGAGACGAGCUGAAAGUGAUGGUCUGAAUUGGCUUCGUAGAUUCAACAUCCUUGAUAAGAAAAACAACUUUCCACCAAAAUUAUCUGGAGGAAUGAAGAGGAAAUUGUGUCUUGCAAUUUCACUGGUUGGAGACCCCAAGAUACUGAUAUUGGAUGAGCCAACAUCUGGCCUGGACCCUGAAUCAAGACGAGAAUUGUGGGAUAGUUUACUGGAGCUACGUCAAAAUCACACGAUCAUCAUAACCACCCAUUUCAUGGAAGAAGCUGACGCUCUUGGAGACCGAAUAGCUAUUAUGGAUCAUGGCAAAAUAAUAUGCUGCGGUAGUCCAAUGUUUCUCAAGAAAUUAUAUGGUACGGGAUACAACCUACAAUUGCUUACCAUUCCAAGUGCAAAUAGGGACGCUAUUACACAAAUGAUCAGGAGUGUUAUACCAAACGGUUCAUUGAAGACAAGCCAACAAGGUCAACUAACCUAUUCCUUGCCAAUUGAAGAAUCGAAGAAAUUUGCCGAGCUUUUUGAGAGCCUUGAACAAAGCAAAACAUCUUUCGGUAUCACGAGUAUUGGAAUUUCGCUAACAACUAUGGAGGAAGUAUUUCUGAGAGCUGGCGUCGACACUUCUCAGCUUGUUCAAAAUGAUGGCAUGGAUGAGCCUGACGGCAAUCGUGGAUCGAAUGGCAAUUCAAUGAGAAGAAGCUCAAGCACGGAAUCAAAAACGAAUAGAAGGAACCCAGAAAACGGAACAGGUUCACGCCUGAUCCAUAAACACUCGCUAGAUAAUGUUCUAUCACAGAAAAAACUGAGUGGUCUGCCAUUGAUUGAACAGCAUUUUGCAUUAAUUUUCAAGAAGAAGUUCCUUUGCUACUGUCGAUCACUUUUCAGCAACUUGAUUUACCUAAUCAUCGCUCUGGCAUGUAUAUGUGUUGUUGGAUGGACAAUUAGAGGUACCAAAAUGUCUGUCUCCACAAGAUUGAUAAAUUUGGAUCUGAAUGACAUGUACAGUCACACGAAAGUUGUGAUAACGUAUAAGGAGACGGGCGAAAAGUAUGCCGAACUCUAUAACAACUUGGUACCUCAUGGAAUGGAAAGACUCUACAUCGAUGAGAGUACAUCAAAGACUGACAUGAAUCAGACACUGCUUGACAUAGGCCGAGGAAAUAUAGAAGCCUACAAAAAAGAUUACGUGAUUGCAUCGAGUUGGGAUUCAAAAUCAGCAACAGCGCUGUACUCAGGUUUCAGCUACCACGGCUCAGCCAUCUCAGUGAACAUGCUGCUGAAUGCUAUCAUCAAGUCAACCGGACUGGAGACCACGCUCUCCGCUUCCUAUCAGGCUCUUCCUCUCAAACAGUCUCAGAAGGAUUCGCUCUGUGAUCCCAUGCAGAAAAUGUCAUUGUCGAUGUCAUUUUUAAUAUUCAUACCAUUCGGACUGCUAUUCUUCCUGGGAAAUAUGGCCUUGUUUCCAUUACAAGAGCGAUUGAAUGAUGCAAAACAACUUCAGCUGAUGACCGGCCUAUCUCCGAUCACUUAUUGGCUGGCAAUAUUCAUCUGGGAUCUGCUAAUGUAUGCUAUCCUGAUGGCAUUAGCUGUUGGUGUGUUAGCAAUAUUUGAUUACCCAAUUGGCUUUGUGAUAGCUUACCCGUCUCUGCCGGUUUUCGUGUUACUGCUUUCUCUGUUUGGACUCAGCGGAAUUGUGUAUGCAUACUUUUUCACGUUCUUAAUGAGUUCCAGUGCAGCUGUGUCUCGUUUCGUUACCGUCAAUGUUUUCCUUGCUUUUGCUCUGCCUCUGAUUGCUGUUAUACUCAGUCUUAUCCCUGGAAUCGUCAACGAAUUUUUAACGGAUGCAUUUUUGUACGCUAUCCGGCUGAUACCACCAUGUUGCCUGGGAAUUGCCAUGGUCAAAUUCGCCAUUCUCAGCUCCGAUCAUUUGUCUUGCUUGCACUGCAACCCAAUGGGCCAAUGUACAGAGGAACUGAACUAUUUUGGAUGGGAUGAGAAACAUCUAUCAUACGAAAUCUUGUUCCUCGGAAUCAGUUUCUUCAUCUACGUGUUCUUCAUUGCGUUGGUAGAGAGCCAAUUAUGGGAAAUGAUCUACGAGUAUAUCACUGGACUAAUUUACAGCACGAAAAUGGAUGUAAGAUCAUUGGAUGACGACGAUGCUGAUGUAAAAGACGAAAGAGAUAAGGUUGACGCUGGCAGGAAUGGUACAGGAGCACCGACGCACCGUGUGAUGGUGGUGGACGGUUUGGCCAAGCGGUUCGGGCGGUUCCAAGCGGUGCGGGGGGUGAGCUUCCAGGUUGGGUCGGGCGAGUGCUUCGGCCUGCUCGGAGUCAAUGGAGCCGGCAAGACCACCACUUUCAAGAUGCUCACUGGCGCCCUCCUCCCCACUGCCGGCACUGCACAAAUCACCAACUACAGUCUGCAAAAUGAUCGAUCCAAGUACUUGUCGCAAAUAGGAUACUGCCCUCAGUUUGAUGGAAUCAAUGGUCUGAUCACCGCCAGAGAAACACUGGUCCUGAUUGGUCAGCUCAGAGGAAUGCCAAAGCGAGUUGCUGAAAAACAAGCUGCCUAUUGGAUCGAUCUUCUAGGUUUGACGGAGUACGCAGACAGACAGUGCUGCAACUACUCUGGCGGCAACAAGCGGAAGCUGAGUGUGGGCAUGGCUCUGAUGGCCGACCCAGUGCUGCUCUUCCUCGAUGAGCCAACCAGCGGCGUCGACCCCGUUGCUCGCAGGAAGCUCUGGCUGGUGCUCGCCAAAAUACAAAAGGCCGGGCAAUCUGUGCUGCUCACAUCUCACAGCAUGGACGAGUGUGAAGCUCUUUGUAACAGACUGACCAUUAUGGUGGGAGGCCAAAUGAAGUGUAUUGGAAACAUUCAGUAUUUGAAACAGCGCUUUGCACAAGGCUUUACAGCCAUUUUAAAAAUUCAACAAAUGUAUGGACAACAUCAGCUGGAACGUGAGUCAACACUCAAACAAGAAUUCUCCAGGAGGUUUGGCUCCUGUGAAAUAAUCAGCGAAACAAUUGGUACUCUUCAAUAUCACAUUAAGAACACCGACAUUCCGUGGUCUCAGCUUUUCAAAACAAUGGAUGAUUUGAAGAACCAGUUUGAUAUUGUUGAGGACUACACGAUCAGUGAGACAACUCUCGAGCAGGUGUUUAUUUCGUUUGCCAAAGAAGACAGGAGAUGAAGUGUCUCGUUGGUUUCGGUAUGCUCUAAAUGUCCACCCACUUUUCCAAUCAAUAAGUGAAAGGUCAACGGUGACGACACUCUCUUAUUAACAUUCAUGUUGAAGCACUGCACUUGAGUUCUAAACAAAUUAAUAGAAAUGUUAUGUAUGAUUAACGGUACUUGAUUUUUGAAUUUAUACUUUAUUAUACUGGAUUGAAUGAUUAUUUUCAUUGUUGCAAAAUUGUAUGUAAAUUGACGUGUAGAUUGAAAUUCAAUGGCUGCUGUAUUGGUCUUUGAAUUAUUGUUAUUUUGCAGCUCAUUCCAUGUAGAUAAUUUGAAAUGCUAUCAAUUUUAUUUUAGUAAUCUUUCAGAGAGUAAUAAAUAAUUGAAAGUUGAAAGUCAUCUUUUUGAAAAAUUGAUAUUGGCCAAUAUGAUAACUUGAUUAUCAACACAGCGUGGAAGUGUUUCCUUGUCUUACAUCUGUGUGACUAUUAUCUUCAAAGGAAAAUAUUUUUUCUGAUAUCAAUUCUCAUGAAUACUUUCUUAUUUGAAUCCUAAUAUGAGCCAUAAUAAUCCUAAUAAUUCAUCUUGAUCACAAAACAUAUAAGGGAUUGGAACAACAUUGACAGUGACUCAGUCGAAUUUUUAUAAGGGAUUAGAUAAAAAGUUAACCGAUCACGUUAAUUCAAUAUUAUUAGAUAUAUAUAAUCAAAUAAUUUGAAUUUUAUUAUUAUAUAUGAUUUAUAACUAUUGUACUUAUUUUUAUUUUCACAUAAUGUGAUAUUAUUAUACUUAUGUAUGUCAUAUAUUCAUUAUAUCCUUAUGGUGUGAUUGAUUUUUCACGGUAUAUUCUUAUAUUUUAUUAGUGUUUUUAUAAGGAAAUUGUUUAAAAUUUUCGAACUAUAUUUAAUUUUUCAAUUCAGUGAUAUUCAACUACCAAAGAAUGAUAUCCAAGACCAUUUAAUUUUGAAUGAAAAAGAUUUUUAUUUAAUUUAAUUUAUUGUGAAUGUAAGCUAAUCACAUGUGACAGGUAAUUAUAUUCGUUUAUAUUCUAUUGAUGAUGCAAGAAACUUCACUCAUAUUUUCUCCUAUGAGAAUAAUUUGGGAAAAAUACUGUUUACUAUAGAAAUGACAAUUUAUAAUUUAUCAAAAUUAUUGGUGAAUUAAUUAUUUGGAAUAUUUAAUAGAAAUACAGUAAUUUAGAUAGACAUUUGGUAUUUUUAUUGAUUGAAUUGAAAUGCAGCUUCUAAAUGUACUCUACUAUUGAAGCUGCUAAUCGGCUACUAAUUUGAAUAAUAAUUAUUAUUUAGAGCUGCCAAGAAUGUGGUGACCACCGUUAAAAGUAAAAAAAUGCUACUGUCCAAUCUCAGCUGCUACCUAUAGGAUUGAGAGAAUGAUUGAAAGUCUGCAAUUUAAAAAAUAUUUAAUCUGUAUUUUUUAUGUCUCAUUGAUACAUAUUAAAAACUAUUUAAAACAGCUAGAUAUUUUAAUAUUAAUGUUGAACUAUUUGAUGUAAUAUGUUGUAUUUAAAGCUUGAAUAAUUUUAUAUAAUUAAAUAAUAGCACCAUAUGUUUAAUUUUGAGUUAACAAUGUAGCGAGUUUAAUUAACAAUAAAGCAUUAACAUUGUU